CUCCACCACCUCCCCGCCCCCGACCGGCGCGGAGCAAAGGCUGCGGGCUGCCGUCCGCCGCCAUGGUGUUGAACCCGGUGCUGGGGAAGCUGGCCAGCAAGCGGGUGGUGCUGGCUAGCGCCUCGCCGCGCCGGCAGGAGAUCCUCACCAACGUGGGCCUGCGGUUUGAGGUGGUUCCAUCCUGGUUUAAGGAGACACUAGAAAAGUCAUCUUUUACAGCCCCUUAUGAGUAUGCUGUGGAAACAGCUAAGCAGAAAGCUCUUGAAGUAGCAAACAGAAUGCAUGUAAAGCAUAUGAGAACACCUGAUGUUGUCAUAGGAGCAGACACUAUUGUGUCUGUGGAUGAGCAGAUCCUGGAGAAACCAGUUGAUAAGCAAGAUGCCUACAGGAUGCUAUCAAGGUUAAAUGGGAAAGAGCACAGUGUUUUCACAGGGGUGGCUAUUAUACACUGCUGCAGUAAAGACAAACAGCUAGAGAUGGAAAUCACCGAUUUCUAUGAAGAGACUAAAGUAAAAUUUUCUGAGCUAUCUGAAGAGCUCUUAUGGGAGUACAUUCACAGUGGGGAGCCAAUGGACAAGGCUGGUGGAUAUGGUAUCCAGGCCCUUGGUGGAAUGUUAGUUGAGUAUGUCCAUGGAGACUUCUUGAAUGUGGUGGGAUUUCCUCUGAAUCACUUCUGCAAAAAGCUAGCUGAAUUGUACUAUCCGCCCUCUAAACAUAAUGUACAACAUAAAAAGUAUGACUCCAUCCCUUCUGUGGACACUUUUGAGAACCUAAGCGAUGGAGAAAGUGAAUCUUCAAAUUUCACAGAGCACAAAGUUGCUAGUAAGUUGGACUGCAGCGGGAUGCAUUCCUCGGGAGCUGCUUACACUUCUGAAAACACUUCUCCUGUCAGAACUGGUUUUACAGUACCUUUGGAAAAUCAGAAUGGAGUGUCACAGAGUGCAUCAAAACUUCCAUCCAAAAUCCUAGAGCUGAUGGAUGGUUUUAGAGCUUCAAAGGCUCUGUUUGUAGCGUCUAAACUGAAGAUAUUUGAUCAUCUGAAAGACAAAGGUCCUAUGAAGGCUGUGAAUAUUGCAAAUGAUGUUGGAACCUCUGUAUGUGGAACUGAAAGGCUCCUUGAUGCUUGUGCUUCUCUUGGAUUACUGGAGAAAACACCACAAGGUUACAGUAAUACAGACUCAGCAAAUACCUACCUGACCUCAGAUGGUAAAUACUCACUUCAUGGCUACAUUAUCCAUUCUAAUGACCACCUUUGGCCUCUCUUCACAAACUUGGAGUCUGCUGUCAAAGAAGGGACCAGGCAGAAUCAUCGAGCCUUUGGAAAGAAAGCAGAUGAUCUGUUUAAGGACUAUUAUCACAGCCAGGAGGUAAAGCAACGUUUUAUGGCUGCCAUGCACAGCAUUGCUCACCUGACAGCAAGAGAUGUGGCUACAGCAUUUGAUCUUUCACAGUUUAAAUCUGCUUGUGAUUUAGGAGGUUGCACUGGAGCUCUGGCUUAUGAAUUAGUACAAGUAUACCCAAAUCUCAAGGUCACAGUAUUUGACCUUCCAGAAGUCAUUGCAAACACCUCUUACUUUCAGCCUUCAGGACAGCACACUGCUCCAGUGACAUUUGUGUCAGGUGACUUCUUCAAGGAUAAUCUUCCAGAAGCAGAUCUUUACAUCCUUUCCCGUGUUCUUCACGACUGGCCUGAUGAAAAGAUACAUGUGCUGUUAAGCAAGAUAUCAGCUGUUUGCAGACCAGGAAGUGCCUUACUAGUGGCAGAAACUGUGCUUAAUGAACAGAAGACGCACCCUUCUGUAGCUGUGCUACAAUCCCUCAGUAUGACUGAAGGCAAGCAGAGAAGCAGCUCAGAGUAUAAACAGCUACUGGAGAAAUACGGAUUCACAGAUGUACAAAUUAAGAUCACAGGAAACAUACUAGAUGCUAUUCUGUGCUUCAAGAAGAAUCUGUCACUGUAGUGUGCCCAGAAACAAUCUGGGAUGCGGAAUUUUCACCCCUUGUGCAAUAUACCCAUCAUCAACCAGUUCUGUUGGCAGUUGAGGAUCAUUUUGGCCUUUUGUCUGAAGCAUAGUUGUUACAGGCCUUGGAGACAAGUUGGAGUGCAGCUUCUGCCAGAGUGAAUUCUGUGCAUUUUAAAAAGUGUCUGGGGCAGGCUGAAACUCCUGCAUGUGAAAUACCUUAAUGUCCAAGUCUUCUGCAUACUGUAUUAAGCUUAGACUUGGCAUAGCUGUGUAUAGCAUGUCAGGUUAAAACUGUAAGCUUGUACUGAACUACAUUAAUAUCUUGUUUUCUUGAACCGUAAAAUUUAAGAGAAUUCUCCCUCUGCAGUGUAUUCAGUGGUUACUGCUAAUUUUUAUCAGAAAUAAAAAAAAAUAUUGUACCCUCUGCCUGAAUUUGGGAAUGAUAGUCCUCUUUUUCACUGCUGUGUGGGGCUUUACUCAAAAACAUCUCAUAUACAGUCUUUUAAAGCAAAAGUGAAAACAGAACAAACCUCAGAUGUGCUCCUACACUAGCUGUAGUGUCACAGAGGAACUUCAGCAGCCUCUGGCCUCCAGCCACAGUAUGUACCUGCACAGGCUGCAGCUGAGAGCUGUUCAUGUUGCUUACUGUCACUUCUGGGGUUUUCUGAAUAUGGUUGAAUGGCCAUAUAUGCUUUCUGUCUCAUUAAUUGAGAUGAGUUUUAGGAUUUAUGUAUAAAACCUUGUAUGAAAAUUUUAAAAAUAAAAGUAUCUUCAUGCUUCAGUCUUUAAUUGGAGAAGUGCAUACUGAAUCCCAUCGCUUCAAGUAAUUUGUCACAAAUGUCGCCUCUCUUAAUGUUUAUUUCUUUCCUGGUAUUUCAUUGAUAUUUAUUUUUUCUUUUUAAAGUGAAAUGGAAGCCUCUCUAGAAAUGAAAGUUACACUUUCAAACUAGCUUUCUUUCUAUCAGUUGUGAGAUUUUUGCCUGUUGCUUGUACAGCAGUAGUCCAAAUAAACCAGUAUGCAAGAGGCUGUGCCAAUAGUGAAUUACCAACCUCAGCAAAUUAGAGAGGAUUAAUGAGGAAGGUUAUGAGUUGCAUCUGCCCGGAUGUUAGUUAAUCAGGAGUUACUUUGCUCCUUGACCAAUGGGUAAAGAAAAAGUGCCACAGUGGCUCAACUCAUUAGGAGAAACAGGCUUCCUACAGAGCAUUUCAGGUGUACAAAAUCAGGGAAAUGUCAGACUUUACCACAUUGGGGUUUUUAAUUCUUAGCAGAAGGUUUCUAUGAAUGGAAUUUUGACUGAUCUUAUCUGUACAGACAUUUAAAAUAGAUAAGGCUGAAUAUUCAAAUGAAUAAAUUAAAAAUGUUUGUUUUCCACAUUGACAUGAAGCUUGCUUUUAGCUUAACAGGUUUGUAUGUUGAGAGGGACUCAUUCUGGCAAUCAGAUGUGUCUCAUCUCGUAGUUAUUUAUGAAGUUCAUAAUGCUGUUUCUUAAGCUGCUCCAAGCGUUUUAGUCAGAUUCAAUCAAAUCCUAAAGCUGGCACACCUGUAACUGUCACAGACUUUAAAACUGUGCCCCUAAGUGCCAUGUCUCUGACUGUAAAAUUUGAAUAUAAUGUGUUUGGCUACCACCCAGCCCUCAUUUACUCUGUGAUUAAGGCACAACACUAAGCAUUAGUCCCUUGGGCAUGGUGUCUGUGGUCAUGUACCACAGCUUUGCACUCUCAGGAUAAUUAAGUGUUGGAGCAGAUGGUCCAGGGAGCUUGUGGAAUCUCUGUCCUUGGAGGCUUCUAUGUGUGAAGCCAGUCCUGAAGAAACUGAGCUGAUUGCAGAGCUGCCCUGCUCUGAGUGGGAGGCUGGAUCAGAGAUCUUCUCUGGUCUGUUUCAGGCUCAGGUGCUCUACAAUCAUGUGAUGCAGCCUGGUCACCUGAGGAAUUAUAAGCUCAUCUUACUAAUAUACAAAUUAAGUUUUUCAGUUGCUCUGAAAAUCUUUUGCUGACUGGUAGAAGGAGUGGAUUUAAGAGUCUUAACACUGAAAAGAUUCUAAGCAAUAUGCAUAACUGAGGAAAAUUUUUCCUGAAAUGAUGAAUGAGGGGACUUAACUUUUAAAACUUUUUGAUGAUUAUUGAAUGUCUGAGCUGUACAAGUUGGAAUGGCUCUGAGGAGAUUGUCUUACAGUGCAGAAAGGUGUGAAUGUUAUGCUGCACUUCAUAAUAAAAUCACUCUGAACUGCUGCUAUUUUGAUCUGAGUUGUCAGGCCAAAAGGCAAGUAUCACAAUGCUGCUGUCAGUAGCCCUCUUGGCUUCCCUUUCCCCUCACAGGUCUGAAUAUGGAGAAAACUCUGUAAAUCAGAUCAUUUAAGUUCUGCUUUCAUCCUUAGGUCAGUCCCACCACAAAGAAUUUGGGUCCUACAGAAAUAACAUACAGAAUGUAUUGAACAGAAACAUUGACUUCUCCUCUGCUUCUAUAACGCUUGCCAUCUACUCUUCUCUCUGCUUGGCAUCAUUUCAAUAUGAAUGUGAAGCAGCAGUAUAUCCUAAAGAGAUGCAACUCUAUUCCUGUCUUACUGUUUUCUAUAGUCCUCAUGCCAAGUCUAUAGAAGUCAUCCCCUUUUCUCCUGAAAACAGAGACGUGAUUUGACUUGUGAGUGUUUGAUCACUCUAUACUGUGAAAGGGAAUUUCCUGGGGUUUGUGAGAGGAGUGGAUUAUUCAUUUAAUGAUGAGUCAUUUAAUAGGAGAGCAAAUUCAUAAAUGAUAAAGGAAAUCACCCAGGUCUUGUAAUUUUCACCCCUCUAUAUGGCAGCAGAAAUUUUCUUGCCUGGUAAUGGAUUAGAACUGUUGCAUGUGUUUGUUUUUAAAUUAGGCUGUGCAAUUUUGCUGGCUGAAAUGGUGUUGGAUGAUGAAAAGAAGAACAGGAGCACAGCUCUGCUGCAGUCUUUGAACAUGCUUGUCCAGACAGAGGGAAAGGAGAGAAGUGGCUCUGAAUAUCAAGCUUUGCUGGAACAACA